AUGACACUCCUUUGUACCGCAAAGGAAGUUACUGUUUAUGGAUGGCGCUAUUGGGUCAAAUUGAGUGAUUUGGCAGUUUCAUCGAUGUUGGUGUUUCUUGGUGCAGAAAAUAGUCCUCCAGAAGUUUUCAGGAUGGCAUCUGUUCCUUGUUAUUGUUCCUCAUUCGAAUCAUCGAGUAACCCGCCUCGACCAACACUCACUCAUACUACCAUCGAUAAUAGCAUGAGAAGCCCAAUGAAGAAAUCACGUAUUACACGUAUCUCUCAUAAGUAUUGCCAAGUUGAAGAUAUAAGGGAGACCUCUCCUAAAGUAGUACCUUAUAGAUCAGGAUGCUCAGAAAUUACGGAUACCUUGAUUGAUCGAUUUACUCCUUCAAAUUUCUGGGAGCUGGCUGUUAAUCCGCGAAAAAUUGAUGAGGUGAGACGAUGGAUUCAGAAAAAACUAGUUCGGACUCGGGAAUGUAAAUUACUUUUGCUCACUGGACCUACUGGUAGUGGUAAGACGAUAACUGUAAAACUGUUAUGUCGAGAGCUAAAACUUGAGUUAGCUGAGUGGAGCACUGCCAAUUUUUACGACUUAUUUUAUGAUCCGAAUGGAGAUGAAGUAAUAUGUGAGGAGAGCCAGACUCGAAAGUUCGCCGAAUUCUUAAAAUUGUCAGAUUAUGGAUCUAUGCAAGAAUGUAAUUUACAAAAAGUUGUUGUUAUUGAACAGCUUCCAAAUAUUUUUUAUGAAGAUCCGUCCAUACUACAUUCAGUACUACAAAAUACUGUUAGAAACACGGUUUGUAUGUAUAUUUUCAUUAUGAGUGAUGUUGACUCUUGUUGGUACUUAAAUCCGAAACGUAUUUUACCUGCAAAUAUUCGGGUUCAGUUGGGUUUUGAUGAAAUAUCCUUCAAUGCAUCAGCAGUCACUUUUUUAUCGAAAGCGCUGCAGAGAAUUGCUCUGUUAAUGAAAGUAAACAUAUCACCUUUACAAAUUAAAAAAAUUGCUGGAAAUUCCAAUGGUGACAUCAGAGCAGCAAUCAAUAACAUGCAUUUAUGUAUUGAUGAUAACCAAAAAGUUAUUGAAACCAUUCCUCUUCAUUCUUCAACACUGGUUGACUCGUACCACUGCUUGGGGAAGCUUCUUUACGCUAAAAGAUGUAAUAAAGCUAGUGAAAAUUGUUCAAAAACAGAAAAAUAUUUAAAUGUUGAACGGAAAAAAACUCACUCACGAAACUAUCCUUUAAAAGACGAUAUAAACCAAGUGCUUGAAAAAUGUGGUUUAAAUGGAGAAAAGUUGGCUAUGUUUUUGCACGAACAUGAACCUAAUUUUGUUCCUUCAUUGUCCUCUUAUCAAAAAAUUCUCAACAACAUUAGUGUUGUCGAUUCAGCGUUUAGUCGCUGGGAAACUCGGAUGGAUUCUACUCUCAUGUCUUACGUGGGUGAGGUCGAAAAAGGAAAAAUAUUGCUUUUAGUACUUCAAAUAUUGCAGUUGGCAGCUCGAUCAGUCGUCUUUUAUAAUGCUGAACGCACUCACAAACAAGGUGGAAAAAUGUAUCGUUUUUACAAACCUCAGUGCUAUGACACAGACUUUAAAGUAUUUAGUAAAAAAAUUGACAUUUGUGCUGCCUUCUCUUCGCAUUAUGGAGAGCUUUUGUCGUUAACUGUUCCAUUUAUACGGCUCAUUCUACCUCCAUCGCUGAAUAUUGAACAGUAUCAAGUACUUGUAUCAAUGAAUUCCAGUGUUAGUAAAAAUAUUUCACUAAGUCAUUCUCAUGUAAAAAAUGAAAGAGUUCCUGAAAAUAAUGAAGAAAAUGAGUUUGAGAUAGAAGAAAUAGAUAUUAGUUGA